UUCUUGUAAAAUACAGAAGAACCCUAAUCUCUCACCUCCUGCAGUGGCUGACCUCCUCUGUCUUUCUUCUCCUCAACUGCUGAGGACCCACUAGGGUUUUCGAACCCCAUUACCCUGACGAAGCGAUUUUCAUCAAAGAUGUGCUCUUUUUGAUUCCCAUAAUCAAACCAAAUUCCAUGUUAACAAUGGUGUGAAAUGGAAUUGGAAUUGGCUUGAGUUUUGGGGCAAAAUAGUGGCAGGAAAAGAGUACCCUUUAUCCAUUCCAGUUGCUUAGAUUGGGUGACAGUGGCUUUUGAAUCCUGGACUAUUGGAGGUAGUCUUUAAAUUCUUCAAAAACCAGGAAAAAAAAGGGCUUGUUUUUCUCUUUGAUUAAAGGGCAUAUUCAGCUCUCCACUGAGUUCAGCACUUAUAAAUUUACAAAUGAAAAUGCACCGAGUUUUGCUUCACUCUUAUAGAACUGCAAUGGCUGCCCCUUUCCAUUUGGUUCUUCUCCCAAGGACCCCAUGGCGCACUCUUUAUUCUUCAUCAACCCACCAGCAACAACAACAUCAACAUAAACAAGAACCUCAUGUGAAACCUUCCCCAAUUGGGUCCCCAUCUCGAGUCCAAAAGCUUAUAGCCUCUCAAUCAGACCCUCUUCUUGCAAAAGAAAUUUUCGACUUAGCUUCCCUUCAACCCAAUUUCAAGCACUCUUACUCUUCCUUCCACAUUCUGAUCCUUAAACUUGGUUGGGCUCGUCAAUUCUCUCUCAUGCAAGACCUCCUCAUGCGCCUUAAAUCUGAACAGUACUCUAUCAAUCCAUCCCUAUUUUCUGACAUUAUUGAGAUCUAUGGUGAAGCCAAUUUGCCUGAUCAAGCCCUCAAGACCUUCCACUCUAUGCUUCAAUUUCACUCUAAGCCGCUGCCCAAACACUUGAAUCGCCUUCUUCAAUUGCUUGUUUCUCACCGUAACUAUAUCCGCCCUGCUUUUGAUCUCUUUAAGUCAGCUCACCGAUAUGGGGUUUCACCCGACACUAAGUCCUAUAACAUUCUAAUGAGUGCCUUUUGUUUUAAUGGGGAUCUUAGUAUUGCAUACACUCUGUUCAAUCAAAUGUUUAAGAGAGAUGUUGCACCAGAUGUGGAAUCGUAUCGGAUUUUAAUGCAGGGAUUGUGUAGGAAGAGUCAGGUGAAUCGAGCAGUUGAUUUAUUGGAAGAUAUGUUAAACAAGGGGUACGUUCCAGAUGCUUUGAGUUACACAACUUUGUUGAAUAGUUUGUGUAGGAAGAAGAAGCUUAAGGAGGCAUACAAGCUUCUCUGUAGGAUGAAGGUUAAAGGGUGCAAUCCCGACAUUGUUCAUUACAAUACUGUUAUCUUGGGAUUCUGCAGGGAAGGACGCGGUCUUGAUGCAUGUAAGGUUCUUGAGGAUAUGCCUUCAAAUGGCUGCUCUCCGAAUUUGAUGUCUUAUGGGACUUUGGUUAGUGGGUUAUGUGAUCAGGGGUUGUAUGAUGAGGCAAAGAAUUAUGUGGAGGAAAUGUUGUCAAAGGGGUUUUCUCUACAUUUCUCAGUCUUUCAUGCUUUAAUUAAUGGGUUUUGUAAUGUUGGUAAGCUUGAGGAAGCUUGUGAGGUGCUGAGGGAAAUGCUGAGGCAUGGGGAAGCGCCACAUACAGAGACCUGGGUGGCUAUUAUACCUAGGAUUUGUGAGGUCGACAAGUUGGUGAGAAUGGAGAAUAUUUUUGAUGAAGCCUUGAAGUUAGAGAUUACACCUAAUACAAGAUUAGUGGAGGCAGGUAUUGGCUUGGAGGAGUAUGUGAUCAGGAAGGUAAGAGAUAAAUCAAGGAAGGCUUGAUUAGUCACGAUGUCCAUGUCGUCGUCGUCGUUAUCGUCGACGAUGGAUGCUCCGGCCGAAGACCAAGUCACCGCCGCCUUACGAUUGGGCACGCCGGAGGCACUGGACCAGGUCCGCAAGCUGACGGACGUCGGAGCCAUGACUCGGAUCCUCCAUGAAUGCAUCGCUUACCAGCGUGCCCUAGAGCUCGAACUUGACAACCUCCUCUCCCAACGCACAGAUCUCGACAAGCAACUCUCCAAUCUCCAGAAAUCUGCUCAAGUUCUUGACAUCGUCAAGGCCGAUUCCGACCACAUACUCACCAACGUUCGGUCCACUUGCGAUCUCGCCGACCAGGUCAGUGGCAAGGUCCGCGAGCUCGAUCUCGCUCAAUCUCGAGUGAAUUCCACACUUUCUCGCAUCGAUGCGAUUGUAGAGAGAGGUAAUUGCAUCGAGGGGGUUCAGAAGGCGCUGGAGACUGAAGAUUAUGAGUCUGCCGCCAAGUAUGUGCAGACAUUUCUCCGAAUCGAUUCUGAGUAUAAGGAUUCUGGAUCGGAUCAGAGGGAGCAGCUCAUGGCAUCCAAGAAGCAGCUUGAAGGAAUUGUGAGGAAGAGGUUAGCGGCAGCUGUCGAUCAGCGGGACCACCCCACCAUUCUCCGAUUCGUUCGGCUUUUCUCGCCUCUAAAUUUGGAGGAAGAAGGAUUGCAAAUGUAUGUGAAUUAUCUGAAGAAAGUUAUUGGUAUGAGAUCUAGGCUUGAGUACGAACAUUUGGUAGAACUGAUGGAACAAUCCUCCGGAAAUCAAAGCAAUGUCAAUUUUGUUGGUUGCCUCACAAAUUUGUUCAAAGAUAUUGUUCUUGCUGUCCAAGAAAAUAGUGAGAUUCUUCGCAGUCUUUGUGGUGAGGAUGGAAUUGUGUAUGCCAUUUGCGAGCUUCAAGAAGAGUGUGAUUCGCGAGGAUCUUCCAUUUUGAAGAAGUACCUGGAUUACAGGAAAUUAGCUAGAUUGACUUCUGAGAUUAAUUCUUACAAAAACCGGCUCUCUGUUGGGGCUGCUGAGGGACCCGAUCCCAGAGAGAUUGAGUUGUAUUUGGAAGAGAUAUUGUCCUUGAUGCAGUUAGGCGAGGACUACACAGAAUUCAUGGUGUCCACUAUUAAGGGGUUGAGUUCAGUUGAUCCGGAAUUGGGUCCACGUGCUACUAAGGCUUUUAGAAAUGGAAACUUUAGUAGAUCAAUUCAAGAUAUAACUGGAUACUAUGUUAUUCUUGAGGGGUUCUUCAUGGUGGAGAAUGUGAGGAAAGCUAUCAACAUUGAUGAGCAUGUGCCAGAUAGUCUCACCACCUCAAUGGUGGAUGAUGUGUUCUAUGUUUUGCAGAGUUGCUUGCGAAGGGCGAUAUCAACUUCAAAUAUAAACUCAGUGCUUGCACUUCUUAGUGGUUCAAUUAGUUUGUUGGGUAAUGAAUACCAGGAAGCACUGCAACAGAAAAUGAGAGAGCCUAAUCUUGGAGCAAAGCUGUUCUUGGGUGGUGUUGGUGUGCAAAAGACUGGGACUGAGAUUGCAACCGCGCUGAAUAAUAUGGAUGUGAGCAGUGAGUAUGUCCUGAAACUGAGGCAUGAGAUUGAAGAGCAAUGUGCCGAGGUAUUUCCUACACCGGCUGAUAGAGAGAAAGUGAAAUCCUGUUUGUCCGAAUUGGGUGAGAUGAGCAACAUCUUCAAGCAAACCUUGAAUGCUGGCAUGGAGCAACUUGUGGCAACUGUGACACCCCGAAUCCGUCCAGUGUUAGAUAGUGUUGGUACCAUUAGUUAUGAGCUGUCAGAGGCUGAAUAUGCAGAUAAUGAGGUGAAUGACCCAUGGGUCCAGAGGCUACUCCACGCUGUUGAGACCAAUGCAACAUGGCUUCAGCCAGUAAUGACUGCCAAUAACUACGAUUCAUUUGUUCAUCUGAUCAUAGACUUCAUUGCAAAAAGGCUUGAAGUGAUCAUGAUGCAGAAGAGGUUCAGCCAGCUUGGAGGUCUUCAACUUGAUAGAGAUGCAAGGGCACUGGUACACCAUUUCUCCAGCAUGACACAGAGGACUGUCAGAGACAAGUUUGCUCGUCUUACCCAGAUGGCAACCAUCCUUAACUUAGAGAAGGUUUCCGAGAUCCUAGAUUUCUGGGGUGAAAACUCAGGUCCCAUGACCUGGAGGCUAACUCCGGCAGAGGUGAGGAGAGUGUUAGGUCUGAGGAUCGAUUUUAAACCUGAAGCAAUUGCAGCUCUCAAGUUGUAAUCCCCUCCAGUUUUUUCAUUUUCCUUGUGUAGGUUUUCUGCUUCUUUUAAAUCCAAUUUUUUCAAAUCGUAUAUUUAAGGGAGACAGACAGCUACCCACCAUGGGGAUUUCUUCCCUCUCCCACUCCGUUGUUUGCUAUAUGUCGGAUA